AUGCUAACUGAAGAAGAAUUUGAACGUAAAGUGAAGGAUGUCGUGCGUCUUGCUCUGUGUUCUGAACUCCGUCGUACCCCAAUGCGUCGUGAAGACAUAUUGAAAAAAGUUCUCGUGAAUCAUCCUAAAGCAUACAAUCAAGUAAUGGCUGCCGCUGAUACCCGUUUGCGUGACGUUUUUGGCAUGACAAUAGCUGAAUUACCGACAAAGGAGCGAAGGAAUGUUAUUGGGAGUACUGCUGCACGAAGAGCCGCUGCAAAUAAGGACAGACCAACCACAACAUAUGUGAAAUCAUAUAUGCUCAAGAAUGUUAUACCGCAAGAACAUAGACGGUCUGAAUUGAUAAAUUGGAGAAACGACGAGCCUGCGAUGGGAUUGCUAAUGGUCAUACUGAGUUUAAUACUUGUAAAUGGACGAGUUCUGACCGAUGAUCAACUCAAUCAUUACUUCCGCCGCCUCUAUUUAACUGAGAACCACCACGAAGUCUUUGAUAAUAUCGGCGAGGUUGUCAACACAUUUGUAAAGCAGGGUUAUCUGGAUAAAGUGAAAUUAGCAUCCGCCGACACUUCUCGAUCUAGUGAUAAAGACCAUUAUGAAUAUUAUUGUGGUCCGCGGGCAAAAGUAGAAAUCAAAGAGAGUAAUAUGAUCGGAUUCAUACAAAGGAUUUUUGGCGACGUAUCCUUGGAGAAGUUGAGUAAACAGAUUGAAAGAGCGUCGGGGACUGAAAUUAGAGACGAAUAG